AUGGCUGGAGGCACGGUCAAGUACCGGCAUCUCAGCCGCAACUCGUCUGCGCGCAUGGCCCUGCUGCGCGGCCUGGUCACGCAACUGGUGCAGUACGAGCACAUACAGACCACCUACGCAAAGGCCAAGGAGGCGCAACGCAUGGCCGAGAAGCUUAUCACGCUCGCAAAGAAAAACAAUGAGCCCAGCCGGAGGGCUGCACAGGGCAUCCUCUAUACACCAAAUGUUCACCUCCCAAAGCUUCUUGGCGAGCUGCGCACACGCUAUCUCCCGAGAGAAGGCGGCUACACCCGCGUCGUGCGCACCGAGUCGAAAAACACCUACGACCAGGGCGAGAGCGCCAUCCUCGAGUUCGUCGACGGGCCCAAGGACUCGCGCUUCAUGAUGGCGGCCAAGACGCUGGCCAGGGACCGCCUGCUGGGAAGGGUGUCUACGCCGCUUACCCUGAAAAACGUCCAAAAGGUGACGAGGCUCCGCGGCGAAGACGAAUUGGAGAAGAUGGUGCGGCGCUUCAUGGCCCUUGAUACGGCAGAUCCCGACACGACGCCAGAGGUGGAAAGCCCUGAGGCUGCAAAGAUGGCCGCCAGGGAGAGCGCAGCGGUGCAGAAAAUGGCUGGUGAUAUCGUCCCAGACUCUGUCAAGAAGGCGGCCGGAGAGUCUGGACGGUCAGGGUGGUGGCCCAUGGGUACCAAGAGAUAG